AUGAUACAUCGGCUAUUUCGCGCCCAAAUAGACAUAAAAAGAGUUCUCCCUGCACUUUCAGUAUUAGAGGUAGAGAAAAGUUCCUGCGGUCAGCGUGUUUGUACGCCGGAAAGCUGGGUGGCGAAGCAAGACGCGCUCCUCCUGGUCGGGGCAGGCGGUCCCGUGUACCUGGCGGCGGUGCUGGACUACCUGACGACCGAGAUCGUGGAGCUGGCCGGCGACGCGGCCUGCGAUAACAAGACACGCAUCAUCCCGCGCUACCUGCAGCUGGCCAUCCGCAACGAGGAGCUCAACAACCUGCUGGGCAAAGUCACCAUCGCCCGCGCAAGGUUGUGUGCUGCCAAACCUGUUGGCACUAGUGACCAGAGGAGGUUAAUAACGUUCAAACCUAGACUGCUAGUGUUGUCCCUGGCAUGUCCCAGCAUACGCAAAGAACUUUCCAAAGAUUAUAAUGGGGAAGUUUUAUAGUGUACUUCACAGCUGCUUCCAGAGACCUCUGGGUGGCUCUGAAAAGAGCCUUUGGGUUUUGUAGCCUUUAGAAAGGCGAGCUUCCUUCCUACUUCUUUUUUGGAGCCGACUUCUUGGCUUUCGCAGCUUUGGGCUUGGCUGGUUUGGGUUUGGUGGCUUUGGGCUUAGCUGCCUUAGGCUUCAUAGCCUUGGGCUUGGCCGGACCUUUGGCCGUCUUCUUGGGCUUUGCGACAGCCUUGGCCUUCUUGGGGCUCUUUGCCACCUUCUUGACACUGGUGGACACGGGCUUCUUCGCCUUCUUAGGGGUCUUCUUCACGGCUUUCUUGGCACCGGUACUCUUCUUAGGCUUCUUGGGGGUGGACCCUGCUGGCU